CGAAGAACUGACUCAAAUGUUUCUAUUAUGGGAAACAAUUUCCUGUUUCAUAUAUUUGCUGCAAGAAUUAAAAUCCCAAAUUCUCCCAGAAACCCGCGGAGAAACGACAUCGUUUUACACUCUGAGAAACCCCAUUUCUCCUUUUCCCGUAUUUCCCGACCAGUUAGCAUGGACGAAGAGUACAAAGCUUUCGAUUUUGCCAGUUGGAAUUUCAACCCAAAACACAAGCAAAAAGAAUACCCAUUUCUUUUUUUCCUCGGAUACUCCGACCUCGACGACGACUCUUUUGGAGUUUCCGAUAAUCCGUAACGGUAACUGUUACGUGGUGGCUUGAGCCAUGAUUAAGAAAUAGUGAUUACAUACCUUGUUGUUAUCUUUGUGUUGUGUUUUCCUCCAGCACACCAAGUGUUUGUUGAAUUGUCUCUGUGAUACUGCUGAACUUUUAUUCCUCUCUUUCUCAUGGAUGAUCAUAGGCAUCAAUCAACUUCAACAAAGCAACAGAUGCCAUCUGAAAUUGACCAGGAAGGAGAAGGUCCAUACCGCCUUCUUUUUUGUUCGAGUAAGGGCGAUAAAGCUGGUGUUAUGCAGGAACUCGUAAAAGGCGUAAGUCCGAAUUUGGCCGACUAUGAUAAGAGAACCGCACUUCACUUAGCAUCUUGCGAAGGGUGCAUGGAGAUAGUUGUUCUACUUCUCGAAAAAGGAGCCGAUGUUAACUCCAUGGAUCGAUGGGGUCGAACUCCACUCUCUGAUGCUCGUAGCUUUCGCCACCACGAUGUUUGCAAAGUUUUGGAGGCGCAUGGUGGAACUGAUCCGAUGGGACUUGACUCUCAAACUCCAUGUUUUGAAAUUGAUUCAGUUGAGGUGGACAUGAACGAAGCAACUCUCAUCGGUGAAGGUUCUUUUGGGGAAGUUUACUCAGUCAAGUGGCGUGGGACAGAAGUUGCUGCAAAAACAAUUCGAUCUUCCAUUGCUUCAAAUAAAACAGUAAAGGAAAACUUUCUAAAGGAAUUAGCCCUGUGGCAAAAAUUACGUCACCCUAAUAUAGUGCAAUUUCUUGGUGUUCUAAAGCACCCUGACCGCUUGAUCUUCCUCACCGAGUACCUAAGAAAUGGAAGUUUGUAUGAUAUACUGAGAAAGAAAGGACGACUCGAUUCACUGACUGCAGUUGCAUAUGCUUUGGAUAUAGCAAGAGGUAUGAAUUAUCUACAUCAGCAUAAACCCCACGCCAUUAUCCAUAGAGAUUUAACACCGAGAAAUGUUUUGCAGAGUGACGCAGGGCGCCUAAAAGUCACCGACUUUGGAUUGAGCAAGAUUUCUCAGGGUAGAGAUGUCGGCUAUAAAAUGACAGGCGGAACUGGAUCAUACCGCUACAUGGCUCCAGAAGUCUACCGUCGAGAAUCUUACGGAAAAAGCGUCGAUGUCUUUUCUUUUGCCAUGAUUGUCCACGAGAUGUUUCAAGGAGGACCAUCAAAUAGGGGAGAAGACGCAGAAAAAUUGGCAGACAAACGAGCAUACGAAGAUUCACGACCCCACCUCCCUUCAAUGAUGUAUCCUGAACCAAUCAGAAAGCUUCUACAAGAUUGUUGGCAUAAGAGCCCCGAUCGAAGGCCUACAUUCGAAGAAAUUAUAAUGCACCUGGAGAUUAUACAAGAGAACCUUCAAGAAAAGGGCAUAGGGACAUGCUGCAGCUGUUUGAUCUUGUAAUAAGAUUUUAAAAAUAUCAUGUUUUCCAUAAAUAUACAAAAACAUUACAUGAUUAUCAUAAUAAGCAAUUUGAUUAAGACAUCUAU